AGCUAUUUUGGAUCGAGCCCUUUCAACCAGGAACUCUCUGGCACGAGCUUCCCCUCGUUUCUGACCCGUCGGUCCCAGGGUGGCUUGGGCCAGUCUGGCUCCCCCGGCUCCCACAGGCCAGGGUACGUACUGCAUGCCCGCUUCCACUGAAAACGAUGCGAUGAUCUCCGAGGCGAACGGGGAAGAGGAGGAGUAUAAUUGGAUGGAGUUGCAGGGCAACGUCUACUCUGCGGGCAUCGCGAGCGUUAUCAUGCAGAUCGAUGCCAAGAACAAAGGUGGCGGGGACGAUAAGGUGAAGGGGGCAGUGCGCAUUAUUAUAGCUGCUGCUGUGGUCUUGCUCGCGAUCGGCCUGCAGGUCUUUCUCGUGAUCAAGGUGAAAAGUCUGGUGUGCGCCAAGUCGGUGCAUGCCAUCCGAGAGAUUUACAGUGAGUACGAGGAGCACAUGUAUUCCCAAACGGAUUUGACUGUAAACGGUAAGCAUAGGGGCAAAGGACCCGAGUUUUUCUUGCCGGAUAAUUUUGAUAGUUUGGAUGAUGAGAUCAAGGAGGACGUCUGCCAAUUUCCGUUGACGCAGCCAGAUUUCUUGUUCUCCAUACUGUUUAUGUGGACGGCCACCAUCUUCAACGAGGUCAGGAAGUGUUUUAAUUGGGCGAGACGGUUCAUCAUGAUCACCGGGACGGAUUAUUCGGCGACGCAUGUGCAAGUCACUCAUGACUCUGAGAAGUACGGCCUGGACGAGGGGACAACCGGGCUGACAGGCCUCUCGAAGUUGAUGAAGACGAUCAUCGGCGUGCUUUUUUUCGUCCAGGCCAUCACCGCGCUCUUCCUGCUCUGGGUCGGGUGCAGGUGGCUCACGGCCACCCCCUGCUUCUCCGACCUCAUUCUGAACGGGCUUGCCCUCACUUUCAUCGUCGAGAUCAAGGACAUGCUGUACGAGCACCUGCUGCCCAGACUCUUCCAAGAGGAGACGGAGGUCAUCCGCGUGAGGAGGGAGUCUCUCUCAAUGCAUUGGGGCACUCUCCUGGUCCCGGUAUUGUGGACAGUGGCCAGUGCCCUCUGGGUGUCUCUUUACAUGGCCUGUCUCCAGCAGGUGCUCCCGAACUACAGGUGGGACAUCAAGGGGCCCUGCUCCAAUUUCCUCAUGGAGAUGACCCGUGUCUGAGAUCGGCGAGGGCAUCUAAUUUUUAGGACCGCGGGGUGCGGAGAGCUUUCUGUAGCGCCUCCUGCCGCCUCCUCAUCCUCGCUUCUCGCCAGCGUUGUGUGUGUUGACGACUGCCGCCAAGGGCGCUCACCUUCGGCCGCGCCAACCGGCGAGACCUGCAGGAGGAGCAGAACUCCCAAGCACGCGAGAGACGCUUCGAAUGAUCUGUCACCGAGGAACAAAAAACGGGCCCA